AUGGACCUGUAUGUGCUGCGGAAAUGCUCCGCCAGCAACCGCAUUAUAGGUGCCAAAGACCACACGUCCAUCCAGAUGAAUGUGGCCGAGGGUGACAAGGUCACUGGCAGGUUUAACGACCAGUUUAAGACCUAUGCCAUCUGCGGGGCCAUUCGCAGGAUGGGUGAAUCAGAUGACUAUUCUACGAUUGGCCAAGGCUGAUGGCAUCGUCUCUAAGAACU